AUGGUCCCCUUGUACUGGGGUGGGCAUCAUCUUUUGGGAGGCUCCCGCCAUCGUUGGCCUCAGACGGCGCUGAAGGACUGGGGCGACAAGCGACGCUAUCUCAGCUUCUGGGGCGGCGCCCGCCAUCAAGGUUGCUGCCACGAAGCCUACGACGACACGGCUACAUGGUACCGAGACUUCAGCUUCCACUACUGUGCCCCGAAGUGCAUCGACAAGCUGAAUGGAGAGGACUACUGCUCGAAGUGGUGCAACCACAAGGGCAAGUGGGGCUGCGGCGUGCAGUCAGACGGCCAGUACACCUGUGACUGCACGGGCUGCAGCGGUUGCAAGACGACCACCACAACCACCACCCAGGGCGUUCUGCUGGGCUUCUCGGGGCCAUACCGAAUAAAUACCGGUGGCGACGUGGACGGCUUCACCUACUUCCGAUCCAAGAAGGUCAGCGAGGACUUCCUGACAGACGAGAAGGUCGGGGACAAGUGUGACGCCUGGGCCGUGUUGGGUGGUGUCAAUGGUGGAACACAUCCAGGUGGAAUCAGGUACUACUACACGCACGUUGGGUGGCCGAAGCAGGUGGUGCACUUCGAGUUCCACUUCUGCGACUUCGUUUCCAUCAAGAGACUACGGAUCGGCACUCCGAACUACUGCGAGCGAGCUGAAUGGAGGGUCUUCACUCACACGGCCGAUUUGCCGCGGCCACGCGCGCCCUUUCAGGGUAUGUACAAGACCAAAGACCGGUUCUGGCCAUGGUUCUAA